AUGUCUCCUCCACCACCCGGGAUACCGCUCCCACACGAGUCUUCCCGAGAUCCAUUAUCGGAUAAAUCAUCUUUCCCAAAUCUACAUUCAAGUUUACCUAGAAGAUCAACGAUACUUGGAUACCUAACUUUAAGUCAAAAUACAUCCGCUAUGAUCUUCACAAUAUUCUUAAUCCCACACCUAGCAAGUCCUAUAGCAGCUUGUGUAACUGGAUUGGAAGGUGCUCAACAGACUAUGAUGAUCGGUAGAGAUUUAUACCUUCCCCUCGAGAGAUAUCUGAUCUACAUACCAUUAUCAGUUCAUGUGGCAUCAUCAAUCCUUCGUCGAAUUGUAAUCACCCUUCCUUCAAGUCAGACCCCAACUAUCAAUCCAAAGCAAUCAUCCUCGUGGUCCUCCAUGAUACAAAGGGUAAAGUCCAAAUUACCUAAACAAACACAUCAGAUAGUAGCAUACCCUUUAUCCCUAAUGGUACUAAGUCAUUUACUUACACAUCGGAUAAUACCUUCUUAUAAUCAAUCACCUAUAUUAGCACUUAGUCCAUCUGAGUUGAGCUGGGAAUUCGUCGGUCAUAACCUAACUCAUUAUUCCGCUUGGUUAUCGUAUCUUACUUUAGUAGGAUCAGCAAGUUGGCAUGGAUUAGUAGGUAGUAUGAAGAUCGUCAAUUGGCUAAAAGGUUCCAGGAAGAACACGAUAUCGAAUGGGAAAGGCGACGAACCUCAUGCGACCAGCGUGGAAUCUAAGGCAGAAGGGAGGAGAAAUAUCAUACCGCGUACAAGGAAAAUAGGUCUUAGAGCCACUAUAACCUUUCUACUAGGUAUCGUGACCGUUGGCUUAGUAAGAGUAGCUAAAGAUACUGGACCCAUAAGUGGGAUAAUGAAAAGCAGGUAUGAAGCUGUUUUCGCCGCUGCUCCAUGGACGAGAUUAUGGAGAUAA